GAGGUGGAUGGACUACAGAAGCUAAAGACCACACCGGGUUCCACUCCUUUCAGUCAAGAACACAAAUCUGAGGCUACAGUGGACCUAGGCUUUUAUAAGAAAACAAUAAGAAGGUAUAAUUUUGACAACAAUGAAUACUGAAAAGUUAAGGUCUGGCCACCAAAUUCUAAGUUAAAUUAAAACUUUAAGGCAGAAACAGAGAUACUGAAAAGUUUAAUUCCAGUUAUGUAAGUUUUGCUUAGAACUCCAUAAAAUAAUAAAAAUACAUACAAUAUAUUGUAUGCUACUGUUCCCACAUAGUUGGGGCUCCACUUGAUUUAACUCCUGCUUAUAGAUAGGUGUUUACAUAAAAAAGGGCAUUUCUACAAUUAGGGAAUUUAUGCUAACAAAAUAAGAUUAUAAAUUAAUACACAUUUGAAUGGCAGUGUUGAACUUGACAUCAUCUGUUAUAUUUUAGCAGGUGAUUUGACAGCAUGUGUAGCAUUUGUUUUUGCUUAUAGCUAGGAAUGUUAGGAAUAUCUCUCUCUCUCGCUCUCUCUCUCUCUCUCUGUGUGUGUGUGUGUGUGUGUGUGUGUGUGUUGUGUAUUCAGAUUAGAGCUGCUGCAGGAGAGUUUAGACUGGGCUCUCUGGUGGAGUUUCCUCUGCAACAGGAAGCUGAUUUCCUGCUUUAGUUUUGAUGUCCUGCUAGGGGGGCUAAUGGAAGAUAAGGCCAGCCCUGCCCACACACACACACACACACACACACACACACACACACUCAGAUACUAUUAUACUCAUUUACACACUGCCAGCUGACAUGGAAUAUGAGCCCAAGAAAAUCAAGAAGGGGUUUGUUUUACCAAUUAAGCGCCUGGUCUUCCCAAAGUUGGCCCGGAGGCAGGCAGACAGGGGCAGUGCAUAUCGCAGGCCUCUGCACACGGUGCCUCUUUACCCACCAGACUUUCUCAUCCAUCCUGAACGCCUCAUCUAUGACUACGUAGAGAAGGAAGUGAAGUUUCUGGGUCAUCUGACAUGGGUGUCUUGCUCCCUAAACCCCUCCAGCAGAGACGAACUACUGCAACUUCUGGACACUGCCAGGAAGCUGAAGGUCCUGCCUCUUCAGACAACCGUAGAGCAGGACUGCAUCCUCAGUUUAUCUGCACGCUGUCUGCUGCUUACUUGGAGAGACAAUGAGAAACUACUGCUGCGAAUCCCCACGCAUGAGAUAGCUGCCGCCUCCUACCUGCGGGACGAUGCCCUGCACCUGCUGGUGCUCAAAACAGGUUUGAAUGUGGAUACCAUUAUAGCGGGGGACAGCCUUGAAAAAAGGCCUACUGGUCUAGAAGGCCGCAGACAGACCAUGAGCAACGCUGACCCUCGGCCUGCGGGGGGCACCAUGGAGCGGCGCCAUACAAUCUGUGGUGUGGACUGGAAGCCGCUGUCUCGCCAUGAGUCAAAGCAGAGUGGUACUGGUGUGAGUGGAGUAGGGCCCACAGGUGGAGGAGGAGGCAACAGUGGAGGUGGCAGUCUGGAACGGAGGCAGGUUGGGGGCAGUUGGGAGCGACGCCAAACCCGCAAGCCCUGCGGAGGAAGCUGGGAGAAGAGACCCAUGAGUGGGAGCUGGGAGAGACGGCUUGUAGGAGGCAGCUGGGAGCACCGUGGUCCUGUGGGCAAAGGUGGAGGGGGUGUGGGAGGCAGUUGGGAGAAGAGACACGGACCUGGGGGGAAAGCAGGAGGGAGCUGGGAGAGGAAGCAUGGGCAGGGGGGCAGCUGGGAGCGCAGACAAGCCUUUAUGGGAAGCUGGGAGAGAGGCAAGGCAUAUGGAAGCUGGGAGAGAAGGAGCCACAAUCCACUGGAGCCCACACCGUGCCCUGAUGCUUACUGCAACCUGGUUGUACUGGCUGUGGAGAACAGGGAUGCUGCAGAGGAGUACUGUGCUCUCAUCUGUCAGAUGUUUCAAAUCAUCUAUGGACACCAGACCAUUGAGUGUGUGGACAGGGCAGGGUAUCACUACACCAUGCCUGACCGUUAUUGGCUACAGAGAAGUGACAGCUGUCUGACAGAUAUGACGUAUAGCUAUGACACAGACUUCAGCUGCUGCAGCUCAUAUGAUGGCUCUCAGUAUGCCUUUGAACCAUACUACAGUGAGAACUACAGUGAGAAUUCAUCUCUUUCCUAUCAGGACUCGCAUCGCAGCCUGGCGUCCAUACACAGCGACUCGGAACCCAGUAAUGCAAGCCUGCAUCUAAUGCAAGAGUACAUGAUUACGCUACGCAAUAAGCUGUCUCCCCAGGAGAUUCAGCAGUUUGCUGUGUUGCUGAGGGAGUACCGUGUGGGCGCUCCCAUAGACCAGUUCUGCUCGGACCUGCUGCAGCUCUAUGGAGACUCGCGCAAGUUCCUCCUGCUCGGUAUGCGCCCCUUCAUCCCUGACCAGGAUGUGGGAACUUUUGAGACAUUCCUGGAAAGCAUUGGCAUUCGAGAGGGCGGGAUUCUGACGGAUAGUUUCGGGCGGAUCAAGCGGAGUAUGAGCAGCAUGUCGGCCACGGCUGUGAGAGGCUACGAGGGAUCGUAUGACUUCAACAGUAGAAUGAGUGAUAUCGCACACGACAUUGAGGCCCUCGGAUUUGAGGAGGGAGAUGGAGACAUUGAGGAAGAGGACUUCUACCUCUGAUUACUACCUGAACUGUAUAUAAGUUUAAAUUUUAAGUCAGUACUAAGGAUGAGUCUAUAAAAAAUAAUUUCCAACAUGAGAUUGUAUGUACUUUUAAAGAUUUAUGUUAUAAAUCUAUAAACAAAGUAAGUUCUAGACUUUUAGGGGCUUCCCCAGCAGAAUGACUCAUUCUGCCUCCACACCCUCUUCAGCACUCUCCUUUCUUUAUCCUUUUAGGGACUUGAUUAAUCUAAAGUGUGCUAACUAAUCUUUACUGAUAGGACUUGAUUAAUAGAAAGUGUUCUAACUUUCACAUGAACUGGACAUAAAUCCCUUUUGCACAUCGAAUAUGUGUACUUUGAAUUAUCUGAUUACCUACAGGCAAUAGGAUGAUUUGAGGUUUUAUCAAAUACUUUUUAACCAAUUAUUAAAAAUAUUUCAUUAUACAAUAAUACUUAUUAGAACUAUAGUUUUAAACGGUAUUGACCUACAGUCAUAGGCCAAAAUUUAUCAGAGGUUCCUCUUUGGUUACCAGGUCUUAAGCAACUACUUAUGUGACUUAAUAGGAAGUUACAUGCCGGAAAUCACAUACCAGCUCUGUUACACACACACACACACACACCUGCAUGGAGGAUAGCAUAUGAGUAGUUUUUGUGUAAACGUUUAUAUUUAGAAUAACUGACAUGAAGAUAUGAUAGACUGACUGUUUAGAGUAUUUAUUUUACAUUGAUAAAGACAUGUACUGAAAAAUGAGAAGAAGCUACAUGUACACAAGCUCUGAGAGCCUGGCUGAAUCUGAUAUUGUCCCAUUAAAAACAUAUUUCAUGUAUUAAAACUUGUUAAAACAUA